AUGACAGAAGUUAUUCAAGCAAUUUUUGUUCGAGAAACCGAAAUACGAAGCGUACCUAAACCACAUGUGGUAUAUAAAGUAGAAGUGCAUGCAGCAGUUCGCAACUGGGUUGUUUGGAAACGAUACUCUGAAUUUUUUAAACUUGACACACAGUUCCAUAGCAUCUUCCCCAAACAGCCUACACCAACCAAGUUACCGCCUAAACGCUAUUUUCCAUCUACUUUCUCAGAUCCAGAAAAGAUCGAAGAACGUCGCCGAGGAUUGGAAGAUUAUCUUCGAGGUAUACUUAGUAGUCGUGAUGAUCGUUGGCGAUUGACGGAUAUUUGGAAGGAGUUUUUGGCUAUCCCCACUGGAAGAGCACUAGAUGCAAGCACUGCAUACACUUCGGAAAGUUGGCUUGAUGAAUAUACCACCAUGGCUGAUACAGCCCGAGAGAUUCGUUCUCUGAUCAACAAAAAGUCAACACACAUGGCAAGAAAUGAAAUUUCCGCUUCGCAUAAUUGUACAGUACAAGCAAAGAAACUGCUGAUGAAUCUAUCAAGUCGUCUUUCAAAUCUGGAUGCUGGAUUAGUAGGAUUAGCAAAUGGCUCCAUGGAUGGCGGCAUGUCAGAUGGGGAAUUGCGCAGAAGACAAGACAUGUUAACAACACUCAAAGAUGAAAAAGAUACCUUGAUGAAAUUGGCCAGCACUGGAAGACAGCAGGAUCAAGAUCUGCUUUACAAAUCAAACAAUACCCAGAGCAAUAAACAGCAACAUCAGCAGAAGAAUGUAGGUGAUCGCAAAUCACUCUUGGGCGACAAUACAAGCGGAUUUUAUGGUGCUACAGACGAUGAUAAUGCCUAUGGAUUCCCUGCCCAGCAUCCACCUCAGCAACAAAAAGAGGUCAUGAAAGAAAAACCCAAGGGAUUUGGAGGCAGAGCUUUUGGUGCUGCUGCUGCACAAAGACAAAAGCAAAUGGCAAAAGAAACUGAGGCGACUCGAGGCCUGGAUAAUGAAGGGUUGUUGGCCUAUCAAAAUCAGAUCAUGGGAGAUCAAGAUCAACAAGUACAGCAAUUUGGUGCCAUCCUUGCAAGACAAAAGCAGUUGGGCAUAUCCAUUGGACAUGAGUUGGAGACACAAAAUCAAAUACUGGAUGAGCUGGAUGGUGAUGUAGAUAGAACCCAAACCAAACUAAAGUUUGCCAACAAGAAGCUUCAGAAAAUCAAAUAA